AUGACCGAGGACUCUUGUCCAUAUGAUUGGCAGCGGCAGCCAAUGCCGGUCCCUUCCGAACUGCAAGCCUUAGCCGGGGCGGAGGUUUUGAGCAGAGAUGAGGUGUCCUUCUUGACGGACACCAAUGUGGAAAAUGAUUUUGGCCUUCCUCGCACCGUUUGGCCUUUCCGCGGCGUCACUUGGGCAGUGUCCCGGAGAUAUUUUAAGAAGCAUUUGCUUCAAGAGUCUAAGUGGGACUCAGUUUCAAAGACGCUCUCAGGCAAUCAAGCGUGUUUUCGCAUGUUCUACUAUCGACGUGCGGCCCUACUUUGUGAGAUGGGUCCCCGCAGUCGGAGACGUCACAAGUUCGACCCGGAUUUCUUUGAUAGGCAAGAGAGAAGAUUCUGGAGUUCAGACAAUGAGAAUGGAGAUCAUGAGCUGCCGGAGCAAUGA